AACCGCCAAUAUCAGCGUAAAAACCGAGGAGUAAAAUUGUGAUUUACUCAUCACGUUGAAAUCGUUGGUAAGCAUUUUAAGGUUAAAGUAUUUAAUCUGAUUAGCAACGUGUGGGAAUCUUCGUAGACCUUCCAUUUAAAUAAGAAUUGUGGCAAAGGGAUCUGAACACAAUUAACUGCCAGAAAUUUUAAUUGCUUCUGGUCAUGGCCUCCUCUCUUCACGUGGUUUUGUUUCCCUUCAUGGCCAAAGGCCACACCAUCCCAGUCCUCCAACUAGCCCGUCUCUUCCUCCGCCGUAACGCCACCGUCACUCUCUUCACCACUCCUGCCAACCACCCUUUCGUCUCCGCCACUCUCUCCGACACACCCACCACCAUCAUCUCCCUCCCCUUCCCUCAAAACAUCCCCGGCGUCCCCUCCGGCGUCGAGAGCACUGACAAACUCCCUUCCAUGUCCCUCUUCCUCCCAUUCGUCUCCUCCACAAAACUAAUCGAACCCCACUUCGAACAAGCCCUUCAGUCCCUGCAAACUCCCGUCACCUUCAUGGUCACCGACGGCUUCUUCGGCUGGACACUCGAUUCAGCUAACAAAUUCAAUAUCCCACGGCUAGUCUACUAUGGCAUGAGCAACUUCUCCGUCACCCUUUCUGCGCUCAUAUCCAACAACCCUAAUCUCUUCGACGGCAAAUCCGACACCGACCAAGUCACCGUCCCUGAAUUCCCAUGGAUGAAGGUGGCCAGAAUCGAUUUCGGUGAUGGGUUUAACAGAAAUAAUGAUAGCAAAAACCCUUUAGCUGAAUGGGUGAUGGAGCAGAUACUUGCAACCAGAAAAAGCUAUGGUUUGGUUACCAACAGUUUCUUCGAGCUCGAACCAGUUUACACAGAUUUCUGGAACUCAAACUUUCCACCAAAAUCAUGGUGCGUCGGUCCUUUCUGUUUUAGUCAAGAAAUGGUGGAACCAAACACUUUGUCCGCACAAAAACCAUCAUGGAUGGUUUGGCUGGAUGAAAAACUUCAACUUGGAAGUCCGGUCUUAUAUGUGGCAUUUGGGUCACAAGCCGAGAUAUCCAUGGAACAAAUCGAAGAGAUCAAAAUCGGACUAGAAAGAUCUGAAGUCAAUUUCUUUUGGGUAGUUAGAGGAAACAAAAGCACGUUUGAUGAUGGAUUCGAGGAGAGAGUGAAGGGGAGGGGGAUUGUGGUUCGAGAAUGGGUGAAUCAAAGAGAGAUAUUGAAGCAUGAGAGUGUGAAGGGGUUUGUGAGUCAUUGUGGAUGGAACUCGGUGUUGGAGAGUAUAUGUGCGGCGGUGCCGAUUGUAGCAUGGCCGUUGAUGGCGGAGCAGCCUCUGAAUGCGAAAUUUGUGGUGGAGGAAAUGGAGAUAGGGUCGAGGGUGGAGACAUGUGAUGGGAGUUUGAAUGGUUUUGUCAAGUGGGAAGAAUUGGAGAAAAGGGUGAGGGAGUUAAUGGAAGGUGAAAAAGGGAAGGAGAUGAGGAAGAAAGUGGAAGAGAUAAGUCAGGCCGCCAUGAAGGCGGUGGAAGACGGUGGUUCAUCAUGUCGGAAUAUGAAUGAGCUGAUUGAAGAGCUUCAAGCCAAGCAACUAAUUAUUAGUGAAUAGUAGCAGAACACGUAAUUGUGAUAAUAUUGAUGCAUGCAUCUGGAGGAUAGUUGACUUCAAAAAAGUGAAUAAUGUGUGCAUAUUUUUGAACCAUGCAUUUCUGCUU